UCGGUCUUAAGUUGGGUCAGUUAGGGGGAGAGUCUAAGUGGCGAGGAGUGGAACCGUCACUUGGUUGUGCGUCUAUCACCAUGGUUGACACGUGUACAGGAACGAGCACCUCCCCUUACACAACAGAACAGGAGGCAAAAGCCGCCGCCAUCUUGAAAGAGAGAAGAGAGAAGGAGGCCAAGAAGAAGGCCUCGCUGGAAGAACAGGCGGGGAAGAAGAAGAAGAUUGAGGAAGAGAUGGCGAGAGAAAUGGAGAGGUUGAAAAAGGAGGACGAAGAAAAACUUCGCGCGGUAGAGGCAGAAGAAGAAGUAGAGGAGCAGCCACUGGAGAGGAGAAGAACCGGGCAAAGAGGGGAAUCCAGUGGUGUGAAGGAGGAUCCGUUGGAGAAGAAGAUCACGGAAUGGGUGGCCAGUUUAUCCCUCGGAGAAGAGGAGGAGGCAUUAAUGUAUGUACCUAGGGAAGAGCAGGAGGCGGCCAUGAAAGAGUGGGAUGCAGAGGAAGAUCCACUCAAGCGGCAGACAAUCGAAGAUGAGAAGAGGAUGGAGUGGAAGUUGCGGCUGAUGAGGGAACGGAAAAGAAGAGUGGACGCAGUGAGUCAGGCGGCCAGAGAAUUGGAAGAAAUAAAGCAACAGAGAGCACAGAUGGAGGCUCAGGCGGACCUAUCGGGCAAGGUGCAGGUCAUGGCAAGGAACAUAGAGCGCCUGGCCCAGGUCCAGGAGGAGCAGUAUCGAUUUGUUAGGAGUCAGGACAUAGCCCUGCGGUCAAUACGGCUGGGAUUCAGGGACUUUGCACGUGAGUUGGUGAUGCAGGUGGGCUCAGAGGUGAAGGCCCGCCUAGAGAGCCAAGAGCGUUAUUGCACAGGCGCCAUAGAGGGCGCCAGGCUGGCGGCACCCAAGGAGGAAGAAGCACGUCCUCGUAGGGAGCCUGUCACAGUGAAAUUUCUCGACUCCUAUAGUGGAAAGAAGGAGGAGAACUUUGACAACUGGGAAGCGAAUAUUAAGACGUAUGUGCAGUGUCAAAGCCUCAGAUAAACUGCAAACCAUCCAUUCUCGCCAAUGGAGGAGU